GUAGCUAGGACUAACUAGGACUUUCUUUCCCAAUGACUUUAAUUAAAAAUGGAGAACCCACAAAUUUUAACUCAUGUGCACAAAUCAAUGACAUACACUUUAUUUGAUGCUAAGUUUAUACCAAGAAGUGCUCGCUUUGUUUGUGUUGGCUCUCAUCCAAAAGGUACUGGUGUAAUGCAAGUGUAUGAAAUUACUCAUCAAGAUCUUAAAGGAGAUGUAAAACUUUUAUCAGACAUUGAGAAAAGUACUUCAUUUAAAUGUGGAACGUUUGGGGCUGCCAAUCUUCAAACAAGAUUCUUUGCUACAGGCGAUUUUAAUGGAAAACUUGAUAUAUGGGAUUUAGAAUCUCCUUCAUUACCUGUUUAUUCUGUCAAAGCACAUAAAGAAAUAAUAAACGCCAUUGAUGGUGUUGGAGGGCUUGGUAUUGGAGAAGGAGCUCCUGAAAUCGUUACAGGAAGCAGAGAUGGAUCAGUAAAAGUCUGGGAUCCUCGCCAACGUGACAUACCUGUAGUCAACAUGGAAAGUGCUGAUGGAGAAACUAAAAGAGACUGUUGGUGUGUAGCGUUCGGACAUACGUACAAUCAAAACGAAAGAAUGGUUUGUGCAGGCUACGACAACGGUGAUAUAAAAAUGUUUGAUCUACGCACGAUGUCACUGAGAUGGGAAACGAAUGUGAAGAAUGGGGUCUGCGGAUUGGAAUUCGAUCGAAAAGAUAUCGUGAUGAAUAAAUUAGUUGCCACAACACUGGAAUCGAAAUUUCAUGUUUUUGAUUUGCGUACACACCAUCCAUCCAAAGGUUAUUCGUCGCUUACUGAAAAGGCACACAAGUCAACAAUCUGGUCUGUCAAGCAUCUACCACAGAAUCGGGACGUGUUCAUGACAACUGGUGGUACUGGAACUCUUAAUCUGUGGAAGUACUCCUACCCUUCAAAGCGAGUGGAUACAGAUUCAGAUGGUUUGGAAGUGGGAGUGAUGGGUACUUUGAAGAAGUUGCAAAAUGUAACUUUGUCAACACAACCUAUCGCGUCAUUUGAUUGGUCAGCAGAUAAGGAAGGUUUGGCGGUCGGUACAUCAUUCGAUCAAGCAUUACGCGUCUUAAUCGUCACUAAGUUGAACAAGAUCUAAAAAUUAGACAGAAGAAAGCGUUUGUAUUGUUUCUCGGGUAGUUGAAAUACAUAGUAGCUCAGAAUUAACACAGUUAAGCUGCAUGUAUCAUCGUACUGCCAAAGAAUAGAAGAAGAAUCUCAUGGAAACAGUGCAUGCGAUGUAGAUAUCAAUCCUUGCCAGUCUUUCAAAAUAAUGUUUGUUCUAAAAAUUAUCAGUCCGCCUAUUCGUUUAUCUCCUUGUUCACUGAAACAUUUUCGGCAUGUGUGAAAAAAUGGGGAGGGACAGGGUGUUGUUAGUGAGAAGUAAAAUCUACACACAAAUCUUGGUUGCAAAUGGUGUUGUUAAAACGCUGCUGCAUAUCCCAUAUACCAACUGAAAAGGGGAGUUUUCUAAGUAAAGAAAAAGUGUAUCGUCAAGUUUUAUGUAUGUUUCCUCUGUCUAUGAGAGAUUUUAAAUAGGACGAAAAGAAAUUUAAAGGAGCUACGGAACGGCUGUUGGUUUUCGACUUUAGUGACUUAACGAAAGUCGAGCUGAUGGCGGCGAAAAAAAAACUGCCUAUUUUUCCGGCAAGUAUGUAAUUUAAAGAUAAUAUAUAGAUAUAUCCAGAAUUUUUAUCUUCCUAAGCUUUGGUCAUGUUUUCAUCCACGAUGACUCUCGCUGAAAUAUUUCUUUGUAAUAUACUUUUCGAAAAAAAAUAUUGAACCAGCGAGCAGAGUGCGCUGGUCUUUUUGUUGCGCAAAACGCGUUUGCUGGAUUUUUAAUAUGUGCGCGGGAUAUACGGAAUUUGAGCAUUUUAACCAGUUCGUAGCCCCUUUAAAGGUAUAAACAUUCCAUACUGGUUUUUAUUAAAAUAUUUAUACAGAUAUGUAUAUUUUUUGGUUUAUGAAAUAUAUUUUUAAAUUUA